AUGAGCACCUCUGCGGCAGCCCCGGUGAGGGUGAUGCCCGCCGGGCACCCUGAGCAGGCAGUGGCGGCUCCUGCAGCGAGCGGGGCCGGUGGGGCUCAGCCGGCACCUGCCCUACUCUGCUCUCAGAACACUGUGCCCCCUGCUUCUGUCUCCGCCGCUGGCGCUCCCGCGGGGGCCCAAGCAGUUUCCUUGAGCCACGCAGUGACUAAGGUUCCCAUCAGCCUGGUGCCUGCCGUUACCCAGCAGUCACGGGUGGGGACUGCCCCCGUGGGGACUCUGGUGGCUAAAGUGGCCACUGUCACCGCUACCCAGCAGCCACCCAAGAACUCUGGUGGGCCUAGGCUGGCUGCUCCGCAAACCGUGGCUCCCAAAGCCCCCCAGACCACUACAAUACAACUGCCUGCAAACUUCCAGAUCCCACCAGGUACAGUUCUUAUCCGAAGUAACAAUGGUCAACUAAUGUUAGUAUCUCAACAAGCAAUAGCUCGAGCACAGAGCCAGACACAAAAUAACACAGGUGCAAGACCAUCAAUACCUACCAGCACACCUUCAGUCAGAAUAUGUACUGUACAGAACACUGGCACCCAUUUACUAAAAAAAGUAGUAGCAACUCCUGUGAAAACAGUAACUCAAGCAACAAAUUCAGUUGUAUCUCCUGAUCAAAGACCUGCUAUAGUACAGCCAGCAGGUGCAACUAACAGUGUUACGACAGUUACUGCUGUAAAACCUCCGGGUACUGGAACACCUGUAAAGCUUCCAGUUACAGGACCUCCUGCACCAUCUGUCUCCCAAAAGGCAAUCUCUGUCAAAGCAGAGGGCACAACAGUAGCACAUCCCAACACUUCCACAGAAAUGCUAGAGAAUGUGAAGAAAUGCAAGAAUUUUCUUGCAACAUUAAUAAAGCUGGCAUCUAGUGGACCUCAAGCCCCAGAAAUGGGACAGAAUGUGAAGAAUCUGGUACAACAUCUAUUGGAAGCAAAAAUUGAACCAGAAGAAUUUACAAAAAAGCUGUAUGUUGAACUCAAGUCUUCUCCACAACCAUAUCUAGUUCCUUUCCUCAAGAAAAGUAUGCUUGCCCUACGGCAGCUAAUGCCCAAUGCCCAGAGUUUUAUCCAGCAGUGUAUUCAGCAGCAGGCUACAACCCAAGCAGCUGUUUCUACCUGUAUCUCUGCAGCACCAACUUCCUCCACAGUCAUGACCACCUCAGCUCUGGCAACAACCUCUCUUCAGCCCAUAAAACUAGUCCCUUCUUCUGCAGUGGUCACAAGCUCUCAGACUGUAAAACCAGUCCCCUCCACAAUGGUGACAGCAGCAGCAGCCUCCCUCCAGACUGUGAAACCAGUGACAGCCCCUCUUCAACCUGCAAAUCCAGUCCCCACGUCAGCAGUGGCAACAACCUCUCUCCAGGCUGUGAAACCUGUCUUUGCAUCUGCAGUGGCGACCACAACGACAACCCCUCUUCAGCCUAUGAAAUCAGUCAUUGGGACACCUAUCAGUAUUAAAAUUACCCAGCCCAACUCUAUUGUGGCACAGUCAGUCCAUGCUCAACAGGCAGUUAGAGUGAAACAGCUGGUAGUCCAGCAGCCAUCAGGAGGCAUUGUUAAACAAGUGGCCACGCUUCCACAAACAGCAACACUGACUCUCCAGAAACCUGGCGAAAAAAGGAUGCCAUUAAACGCACUAAUUCAGACUAACCAGUUUCCUGCAGGUUCCUUUCUGAAACAAAUUACACUGCCAGGAAACAAAAUUCUGUCGCUUCAAGCAUCUCCUGUUCAGAAAAAUAAAAUAAAAGAGAAUGGAACAACAACCUUCAGAGAUGAAGAUGACAUCAAUGAUGUGACUUCUAUGGCUGGGGUCAACCUAAGUGAAGAGAAUGCAUGCAUCUUGGCAACAAAUUCUGAAGUGGUCGGUACACUGAUCCGAUCUUGUGCAGAUGAACCAUUUCUCUCCUCAGAGGCUUUGCAAAAGAAGAUCUUAGACAUAGGUAAAAGGCAUGACAUUGUGGAACCUAACUCUGAUGUUGUGAACUUGAUCUCCCAUGCUACACAGGAGAGAUUACGAGGGCUCCUAGAAAAACUGACUGUAAUUGCUCAGCAUCGAAUGACAACCUAUAAGGAGAGUAAUAAGUAUAUCAUAUCUAGUGACACCAGAGCACAACUUAAAUUUCUUGAGAAGCUGGAUCACAUGGAAAAACAGAGGAAGGAUGAAGAGGAACGAGAAAUGCUUUUACGAGCAGCCAAGAGUCGUUCCAAUAAAGAAGAUCCAGAACAGCUGCGAUUAAAGCAGAAAGCGAAAGAGAUGCAACAGUUGGAGCUGGCACAGAUGCAACAAAGAGAAGCCAAUCUCACAGCUUUGGCAGCGAUUGGGCCAAGGAAAAAAAGACCACUGGAUUCACCAAACCUUGGAUCUGGGCUUGAGGGCUUGAAUGGCAGUGCAGUUGCUUCUGGAUCAUCUGGUUUUAGUCUUACAAAACAGUUGUUUCGUCCAAGAAUAACACGUGUCUGUCUCAGGGACUUGAUAUUCUGCAUGGAACAAGAGAGGGAGAUGAAGCGUUCUCUAGCCUUGUACCGUGCUCUUCUGAAGUGA